UUCCGCACCGGCAGCCAAUGAGAUCGGCCGCGUUGAGGAGCGGGCGCAGGAGCUGGAACUGACCGAGUGACAGCAUCUGAUUCCCGGGGAGGAGGAACUCUGGGUCUCCGUGGGAAAAUCAGCGGACAAGAUGCCGAACAAACCCAAGAAGGAGAAGGAAUCCAGCAAAUUUUCCAAAAGCAGCACGAAGAACAGCAGCGGCAGCGGGAAGGAUGCUGCGCCAGAGAGCUCCGAGGAGGUCCAGCAGCAGAGCGGCAGCAAGCGGCCCAGCAGCAGCACACCUCCCCCCACCCAGCUCAACAAGAUCAAGUACUCUGGAGGUCCUCAGCUGGUGAAGAAGGAGCGCCGCCAGAGCUCAUCACGCUUCAGCCUGACCAGGAACAGAGAGCUGCAAAAACUACCUGCUCUCAAAGAUGCCCCGCCCCUGGAGCGCGAGGAGCUGUUUGUCCAGAAGCUGCGUCAGUGCUGCGUCCUGUUCGACUUCAUUGCCGACCCGCUCAGCGACCUCAAGUACAAGGAGGUGAAGAGGGCGGGGCUUAACGAGAUGGUGGAGUACAUCACACACAACAGUGAGGUGGUGACGGAGUGCAUCUACCCAGAGGCCGUCGUCAUGUUCUCCAUAAACGUGUUCCGGACUCUUCCUCCAUCCUCCAACCCCACCGGAGCAGAAUUCGACCCUGAGGAGGACGAGCCCACGCUGGAGGCCGCCUGGCCUCACCUGCAGCUGGUGUACGAGUUCUUCCUUCGCUUCCUGGAGUCUCCAGACUUCCAACCCAAUGUUGCCAAGAAAUACAUCGACCAGAAGUUUGUGCUGUCGCUGCUGGAGCUGUUCGACAGCGAGGACCCCAGAGAGAGGGACUUCCUGAAGACCAUCCUCCACCGCAUCUACGGGAAGUUUCUGGGCCUGCGGGCCUAUAUCCGCCGGCAGAUCAACAACAUCUUCUACAGGUUUAUAUAUGAGACGGAGCAUCACAACGGCAUCGCUGAGCUGCUGGAGAUCCUCGGCAGCAUCAUCAACGGCUUCGCUCUGCCGCUCAAAGAGGAACAUAAGAUGUUUCUGAUCCGGGUUCUGCUGCCGCUCCAUAAAGUCAAGUCUCUGAGCGUUUACCACCCACAGCUGGCCUACUGCGUGGUCCAGUUCCUGGAGAAGGACAGUGGUCUGACGGAGCCGGUCAUCAUGGGUCUUCUGAAGUUCUGGCCCAAGACUCACAGUCCGAAGGAGGUGAUGUUCCUGAACGAGCUGGAGGAGAUCCUGGACGUCAUCGAGCCGUCAGAGUUCGUGAAGGUGCAGGAGCCUCUCUUUAGACAGCUGGCCAAGUGUGUGUCCAGCCCUCACUUCCAGGUGGCUGAGCGGGCGCUGUACUACUGGAACAACGAAUACAUCAUGAGUCUGAUCAGUGACAACGCCGCUAAGAUCCUCCCCAUCAUGUUCCCCGCUCUCUACAAGAACUCCAAGAGCCACUGGAACAAGACCAUCCAUGGGCUGAUCUACAACGCUCUGAAGCUCUUCAUGGAGAUGAACCAGAAGCUGUUUGACGACUGCACCCAGCAGUACAAGGCUGAGAAGCAGAAAGAAAAAUACAAACUGAAGGAACGAGAGGAGGUCUGGAUGAAGAUCGAGGAGCUGGCAAGACUGAACCCACAGAGUUCUAAGCUCCACCCCCUCCGGCCAGGACUCCACCCACAGGAAGAGUUCCUGAUGUACAGCGACGGCGGCCUGGCCGUCUACUCCAUGGAGACAGAGACGCCGACAGCAGAGGACAUCCAGCUGCUAAAGAAGACGGUGGAGAAGGAGGCCUCACAGGGUCUGAAGGACCUGAAGAAGGAGAAGGUCCUGAUGAGGAGGAAGUCUGAGCUGCCGCAGGACGUCUACACCAUCAAAGCUCUGGAGGCUCACAAGCGGGCCGAGGAGUACCUGACAGCCAAUCAGGAGGCUCUCUGACCGGGGGAGGAGGUGCCCUCUGAGUUAGCUCCACCCCCUCCACCUGAAGGGGUCAGAGGUCAGAGCGGUGGAGUGACUGAUGGGGCGGAGCAGACGAACUCAGGGCCGCCCCCUGGUGGUCGCUAACAAGUAGGACACUGUAGAAGCUCCGCCUCUUUGUCCCUGUGCUCCACUGUGAUUGGACAUCGCCCACCCCCACCACGUCCUCCAGACUAGCAUGGCUGC